AUGGCGGAGAUGUACACAGCACGCGCGACGUCGGUCUUGUCGCCCUUCGGUGGUGGUCACUGUGACAGUCAUGCAGAGCCGAUACCUGUGCAAGCAUCAAAGAUCGAGCUGCAGCCCACGAUAAUGGUGGAUCGAGACCUUCGUCGGGCAGACCUCGACGCGGCACCGUCGGUCACCGAGGCGGCCCACCUGCAGGAGCGAUGCGUCGACAUGGCUACGGAGCUGUUCGAGCUCAAGACCCGGUUCGACGAACAAGAGAAGGAACUCAAGUGGGCCAAGAGGGAAGCAGAGUCGAGGGAACGAGACUUCAAGGAGGUGCACAGGGUGUGCGAGGAGGAACGCCGGAGCUCCAAGUCGUUCAUGAGAAGAGUCAAGACCUUGGAAGAGGAAAACAGCAAACUGGCCGCGGACAACGCCGACUUACGGCUGGACAGGGAACGCCUCCUGGGAGUGGUGCGGAGGUACAAGGACGCCGGUCGGAAGGAGUCGGUGGCGGCGCAUCGCGACCGCCUGCGCAAGCGACACAUGUCCGAGAAGGAGGUGAAUCGGUGCGACCUUGCGUCGGCGAAGCUAGGGCUUAAGGCGAUGGGGCAGGAGAACAAACGCCUGCUCUCCAAAGCCAAGGGCCAAGCAAGUCGCAUUCGGGAGCUAGAGAAUGGGACUGAAGUCCUCGCGAAGAAACUCUCCGAGUUGGAGCAUGAGUUAGAAUGCGCUAUCAAUCAAAAGGAUGCUGUGCAGCAAGAAUCCGACAAGGCGUUGGCCCAAGAGCAGAGGGCCAAGUCGGACAUGGAGCACGAAGCCCUGCUACGGCUGCAGGCUGUCGAGCAGGCUUCUUCUGCCUCGAGGGCCGAGGAGGAGGCUAAGGCCGCCAAGACAGCAGCAGAGGCAGUGAUCGAGACCUUGCGAGUGAAGCUAGAAUCGACGGUGAAGAAGCUGGAGGCCAAGGAUUCGGCACGAGCCAGGCACCAGGGCAGUGUAGUUCGGUACCAGAAGAUGAUCGACAGUCAGGCCAUGGCGCUGCAGGCUGCUCGGGAGCAGCUACUAGGCGAGAAGGUUCGCCGGCAAGAGUCCGAACGCCAAGCUCGGCUCCGGCACAUCGCCGCCAUAGACUCCAAGUCUCGAGCAGCUGCCGGCGCCGGCGCUACCUCUACAAGGAGGCCAGCAUCCUCGCCGACAGCGAGACGUCCAGCAUCGCGAGCUUUCCCCGCUUCAUCGGGACAGGGAGCUACUCGGGGGACCUGGGCAGGCCGUCGAUAAAGUGGCCGCUUGCUCGCUCGCUCGCUCAUUUCGCGGCGAACGAGGACCCUGGGAUACGGUUCUGCCGUCCUCUGCCGCCCCCCCAGCCCCCGCUAUCGUCCUAAUGGCAAUAAGAAUAAUGUGCGAAAUCAUCAUGGUGUGCGGCAACCGCUGCUGGUACGGCCGCACAGACAGCUUGAUGCAUGGUAUGGAUUAGAUGGAGGAUCACCUUCGGAAAACUGAACAUCUUCCCUCAUCUCACUCUCCCUUCUUGGAUGAAUGAAUGCUCACGCGAUGUGCAGGGCGGGUCGGGACGUGGGGGUAGCAAAUAGCGUGCAUCCUUUCGUACUGUCUUCGCCGUGUCAUCGGCGUUCUCUCACGUUUUCCCGUUGAAUACUCAUCAUUGUUGACGUAAAGGACAGACCAAAGUGGUUCAUCACGUCAUGCUAGACGUUCCGGGGCAAGAGGGGCUACGUUAAAAGGUGUUGCUCGGCAACGAG